AUGUCGGACCUUGCCAAGCUCGAAUUUGUGCCCCUUGAUAUUACCGGAAAGAAUUAUUUAUCAUGGGUGUUAGAUGUUGAAAUACACCUAGAUGCUAAAGGGCUUGGUGAAACAAUAAAAGAGGCUAAUAAGGCAACACCUCAAGAUAAGGCUAAAGCCAUGAUUUUUCUUCGCCAUCACCUCCAUGAAGGGCUCAAAAAUGAAUAUUUAACUGUGAAAGACCCACAAAUCCUUUGGAGUAAUCUAAAGGAAAGGUAUGACCACCAAAAAACAGUGAUACUCCCUAGAGCUCGUUAUGAAUGGUUGAAUUUGAGAUUGCAAGAUUUUAAAUUUGUUAGUGAAUAUAACUCAGAUAUGUUUAAAAUAACUUCUCAGUUGAAAUUAUGUGGAGAAAAUAUUACUGAUGCAGAAAUGCUUGAAAAGACAUACUCCACUUUCCAUGCUAAUAAUAUUGUCCUGCAGACACAGUAUAGAGAAAAAGGUUUUAAAAAAUAUUCUGAAUUAAUAUCUUGUCUUCUUGUGGCUGAGCAAAAUAACGAGCUAUUAAUGAAAAAUCAUGAAUCACGUCCUACUGGCUCUACUCCAUUCCCUGAAGCGAAUGUGACAACCCAUAACGGGAAAGAAACUAAAAACAGAGACCAUUCCAGCAGUAGUGGUAGAGGUAGAGGUCGAGGUCGUGGUCGUGGCCAAUGGCGCGGCCGAGGUCGUGGACGUGGAUAUGGUAGAGGUCGUGGAGGUCAUUUCACAAAUUCACAUUCCCACCAGAAGUGGGAACGUAGGGAUGAAAAAGAGAAAAGUGAUAACAAUAUAUGUUACCGUUGUGGAGGAAAAGGUCAUUGGUCUCGGGUUUGUAGAACUCCAAAACAUCUUAUUGAACUUUACCAAGAAUCAUUGAAGAAAGGAAAGAAAGUUGAGAACAUGGAUAUUACUCAAGUUCAAUUUGCUAUGAAUGGUGAAGAAUUAUGUCUUGCUGACAGUGUAACUACACAUACAAUACUUAAAAAUAAAAAAUAUUUCUCUCAUUUGAUGAUGAAAAGGAUUAAUGUAAGUACCAUAUCGGGUAGUACAAAUAUCAUUGAGGGCUCCGGAAGAGCCACUAUAAAGUUGCCUUGGGGAACUGAAAUUAAAAUAAUUGAUGCUUUAUACUCCCCAUUGUCUCAAAGAAAUUUAUUAAGUUUUAAGGAUAUUCGCAACAAUGGUUAUCAUAUUGAGACAAUCAAUGAGGAAAAUAACGAAUUCCUUCAAAUCACAAAUAUAACUCAAGGCUCAAAACAUGUUUCGGAGAAACUACCUACAUUCUCUAGUGGUUUGUACUACACAAAAAUCAAUGCUAUUGAAGCUCAUGCUAUAGUAAACCAGAAGUUUACUGAUGAUUUUGUUGUUUGGCAUGACUGGUUAGGCCAUCCCUGUUCAAUAAUGAUGCGAAAAAUAAUUACGAAUUCAUGUGGACAUUCUUUGAAGAGCCAGCAAAUUCUUCAUAAUAAUUUUUCAUGUGCUGCUUGCUCGGAAGAUACUCCCAUUAAGACUAUUCGGCUUGACAAUGCUGGUGAAUUUACAUCUCAAGCUUUUAAUGAUUAUUGCAUGUCCAUUGGGAUAAAUGUUGAACAUCCUGUAGCACAUGUUCAUACACAAAACGGUCUAGCAGAGUCAUCAAUAAAACGUAUUCAGUUAAUUGCUAGACCAUUGCUUAUGAAAUCCAAUCUCCCAAUUUCUUCUUGGGGACAUGCUAUAUUACAUGCAACAACACUAAUUCGCAUUAGGCCAACAAGUUAUCACAAGUUCUCCCCAUUACAAUUGGUUUAUGGUCAGGAACCAAAUAUUUCCCAUCUAAGAAUUUUUGGAUGUGCGGUUUAUGUUCCAAUAGCUCCACCACAACGCACUAAGAUGGGUCCUCAAAGGAGGUUGGAUUGUCAUUUUAACGAGUCACUUUUCCCAACAUUAGGGGGAGAAAAGAGAGAGCUGGAAAAUGAAAUUAAAUGGAAUGAAUUAUCAUUAUCCUAUCUUGAUCCUCGAACUAUACAAUGUGAACUGGAAGUUCAAAAGAUAAUUCAUUUACAAAGUUUAGCGAAUCAAUUGCCAGACUCGUUUGCUGACCCAAAAAGAGUGACCAAGUCACAUAUUCCAGCUGUUAAUGCUCCAUUUAAAAUAGAUGUCCCGGAAGGACAAAAUAAAAUUGCUAAUGAGUCUAAACCACGCCAGAAACGUGGAAGACCAAUAGGUUCCAAAGAUAAGAAUCCUCGGAAAAGAAAAUGA